AUGUUCGGCGUCGAUCCGCGUCUUGCCGCGAACGACACCGCGCUCUUCUGUGAAGCCACCUAUUAUCAGCAGGAAGUUCACGCAACCAUAGCGCUGCCUUCAAAGGCGGUGAUCAGUACCAGCCCAGCUGGCGAGAAGAUUCCGCUUCCAAGCGACAUGUUUAAUAUUAGCUCUUUCGAGUGGGCAAUGGCUUCUGGCAUGGAGCAAGUACCCACCCGGGGUGAAUAUCCAACGAGUAGCUUUCCAUCCCAGAAGUCCCGACUCCUCGACAUGCCUUUGAACCUGGAUUACAUCCCAAAGAUGGCUCCUUUCGCCAUAGCCACUUUACCGAGGCCAGCUGAAGAUUAUCUCGCGCCCGAUGUCCUUCGCCGAUCGUACGAAUCCGCUUAUCGCCUCUUGUUCUCCCGUCAACUUGUUGACAUACUUCAGGAUCGACAUGACCAGGCCACGGCACCUCCAGGGCGUCUAGAAUUCAUCACUCAAGCAGUCGUUAUUAUACCUGCGUUUGCAUAUGCGGCGUUGGUAUUACUUGGGCUCAUAUCCAUGACGACAUUCGGUGUCCUCUUGGGCAUUUCCAGGCGUCCAAAUCAGCUUCUGAGCGAUCCCGCUACGCUUGGCUCGUUGAUGGACUUGGUAUCAGCAGAUCAAAAUACCUCUGACGCAUUUGCCACCGUCGACAGCGAGCCAUCUGAUGGUUUGAGGGACAAGAUGAAAGAUCAAGAGUUCGCCCUGCUACCUGUCGCUGAUGCUGACCAUCCGGUGGUCAAGAUUCGCCAUUGUGCACCUCCAAAUCUCUACGCAGACUCUGCUGAUACCGCUCAAAGGACAGACAAGGAGCAGUGCAAAGCUGGCAUACGGCCUUUGGAGAUGAAAGUCAUCAUUGGCUCAAUGUUUCUUUUUGUCCAGCUUUCCGCCGUCGUAACAUUCGUGGUCCUGUAUAUCCUUUCUCAUAACAGCUCAGGACUGAAGCUGCCGUCGGAGUCAACAUUUGUCAGACAGCUGGUGGAGAACUACAUUCCGAUCGCCCUUGCAACUCUGAUUGAACCAUUCUGGAUAGUAUUGAAUCGCCUGCUUUCGCUGCUGCAGCCUUUCGAAGAGCUCCGCAAAGCAAAUGUCCCAGCUUCCAGGUCCAUUGAGGUCGACUACAGCUCCCUUCCGCCCCAGCUUCUCCUCGUGCGUGCCUUUUCGGCUCGUCAUUAUGUCUUGGGCACUGUAUGCAUGAUGGCUCUGCUCGCAAACGUGCUCGCAGUAGCGCUCAGCGGACUUAUGAACGAGCGUACCAUGAUCGUGGCUUCGGAGAGUCAACUGCAAACAUCCUACGAUUCAGUCUUGCUCAGCUCUAUCAACGGCACUGGUACACCACUGAACGGAGUUCUGGACGAUAAUUCCGAUGGCAGCAUGACUGUCGACCCAUUCUAUCGCAAGAUGUCCAACCUUACUGCAGAAACGCCCUUGCCUGCUUGGGCUGACGAUGAGCGCGCUUACCUCCCAGCCCGUCUGUCCGCCUUGAAUCAGAGUUCAAAUUUUCGACUCACGACCCCAGGGUUUGGUGCGCAGCUGAACUGUCAAGUGCUAACCACGGAGGGAGUUCCGAGGUACAAUAUGAAGUACAGCGAUGACGCUUCCGAGCUCGAUCUUGAGACCACCCUCGUCAAUGAUUCCGGUGCAGUCGUCAAUUGCAGCAAUUAUCGGAAUUGGGGUCGAGCAUUUUCGACAUUCAAUCUCAACACGCUCAGAGAUCCUCAGCCAGGUCACAUGGCCCUCGAGCUGAACAGCAUGCUGACAAGCCGCAACACCACGACUGAGCAUGACCUGUUCUGCCGGCAAAAUCUUGUAGCUGGCUGGCUUCGUGCAGAUUGGAGACUGAAAUCGGGCGAGACAAUGCCAGGAUCGAGCUUGGCGGCGUGGCCGAAGAUGGAUUUGCUCUCGCUGAACGCUACAAUGCUGCUUUGCAGACCCACCCUGGUCGCCUCAAAAGCCAAGAUCAGGGUAGACAGCAGUGGCCGCGUGCUUGAGGCCACUCCCGAGGGCAUGACCUCCCCUGGGGACGUGACCGUUCCCUCCGUCCUCGGCCUUCUUGCACAAGCCAAUCGCUACCUCAUCGAUAGCGGCGCUACCUGGCACAACGACUCCUUCCCCUCGGACUACAACAACUAUCUGAUGGUGAAGCAAUUUCCAAAUGCCAAAGAAAGUCUGAACGCAUCACUGCCAAUUCCAACCCCUUCCCAAGUCGUGGGUAACUUUGCAAAAGUAUACCAACAGCUCUUCGCCAUCUUCAUCGCGACGAACUUCCAAAACAUCUUCACGCCAAACUCGGGAAAAGUAGCACCGAUCUCGACUCAAGUCUUGACUCCUGAGACACGCAUCGUAUUCUCAACGCCAGCGUUCAUAAUCGUGCAGACGAUCUUGGGUUUAUACAUGAUUACAACGAUCUGGUUCUACGCACGACGACCUUGGAGAGUGCUGCCUCGCCUACCGUCGACGAUCGCUUCGAAUAUCGCUUACUUCGCCGCUAGCCGAGCACUCGUGGAUUUAUCCCGGCGGAACGCAGAGGACGCAAAAGAUUUGAGGCAAUCUUGGACCUGGAGCUAUGGCACAUUUUUGGGUGUCGAUGGCAAGGCUCACGUCGGCAUCGAGCGAGAUCCAUACGUGCUCGCUCCCGAUGAAGAUGGACUGUCGUCUUAUUCCGAAGAGGGCCUUGGGAUUUUUCCACCAGGACGGGACAUUGGAGUCAGCUGA